AUGGAACUACGGGGGACUGCCUCCUCCAAAGGCAGUCCGGAUAUUCGAAGCAUUCUCACUUCAACAAUGGCCAAAAUUAGCACUGGUACCAGCUCCCCCCGCAAGUCGUCCUUUCUGCAGCUGCAGUCGAUUCCGCCUCCCCUGCGGCCGCUUGUACGCGCAUACCUGUUGGGCUAUGCGUCUGCCGUACUGCCCCGACUCUUGACGCUUGUCUUGCAGCAUUUGUCCAACAGGGAGCGGAAGACGCCCAAUUACGCAUUACCGGAAAGAGACGAGAACACCUUUUUGGAAUCCGCAAAGCAUGUUCUCAAGACUGGCUUGGAUCCUUGCCGAUUUCCCACGUUUUGUGCUGCCUUGGUUGGAGGUGCCACUCUAUUACAGUCUAAAAAGCCUACAUUGCGAAGGCGCGCCGGAUCAUCUACAACUCGAUACGUCGAUCCCGCAACCGGCAAGAAACUUGCUGGGAGAACGGUGGACCUGACACUGUUCGCGGCAACGCAGGCCAUAGACGUUAUUGUCGGCGAACUAUGGGCACGACACAAGGGCCGGCGCCUGGCCGCGCAAAAAUGGACCAAGGUCGAGGCUUUCAUCUCUCAAAUGACUGACCCAGUUUCAUUCGUAGCAUCCUGCGCGCUCAUCAUGUGGGCUUGGUUCUACGCUCCUGAUAACCUCCCACGGGCAUACAACAAGUGGAUCACAUCAGCUGCCCACGUAGAUAUUCGCCUCAUUGAAGCACUGCGCCGUUGUCGGACCCGCGAGUUGAGUUAUGAGAAGGAAACAGGUCAGGCACAUCUCCUUGGCACCAUGUGUACAGACCAUAGCCUGCCUUACGAAUGGGGCGAUCCAUGCAAAACUAUUCCAUUUCCUUGCGAUAUAGUUCAUAUGGGACGCGGCCCAUCGUGCGAAUAUCAUGCCUGGCGACGAUUCUGGCUCUCCUGGAAGUGGUCAAUGUAUACAUACCUCCCUCUCGCCUUGGCCCUACAAUUGCGUAAGCCGAAUCGCGACUCUCUCAGGACCGCACUCCUCUCAGCCGCCAGAUCAUCUGCCUUCUUGGGCACUUAUAUUACGCUAUUCUAUUACGGCGUCUGUCUUGGCCGAACCCGCAUUGGCCCCCAUCUACUGGGAAAGGAUGUCGCUUGUCGACAGAAGAUAGAUGGCGGGUAUUGCGUGGGCGUAGGCUGCUUCCUCUGCGGAUGGAGCGUCUUGAUCGAGACUGCAAACCGAAGGAAGGACAUGGCCCUAUUUGUUGCGCCCCGUGCAAUGGCUACGCUGCUGCCCAGGCAGUACAAAAUGGAGGUGCAGUGGAGAGAAACGCUGGCGUUUGCCUUGAGCACGGCAGUGGUUUUUACCUGUGCGAAAGAGAACCCAAGGAGGGUGAGAGGCAUGUUGGGUGGAAUAUUGGGACUUGCAAUGAAAGAAAUCGAACAGAGCGAAUCGGUUACUCCAGUAGAAUACGUUGGAUACAACCCCUUUCCGGUCAACAACUUCAUCUACAAGGUUGCACUCUCUUCGCCCGCUACCGAGGAGCAUUUCACGAGAGCAGGACACCAGACAUGUGCUGUAUUGCCCCCUUUGACAGGUGAAUCUACUGUCAUUGUGAGGUUGAGCAAUCCGACGUCUAUGGGGAUGAAUAACACGAACCGCGUGGAGAAUGAAGUUUGUGCCAUGGCGGUGGCAAGGGAAGCCAUGGCGAGUGUUGAGGGAGGAAGGUAUGAUGCCAUAGUGCCUCGUGUUUAUGCGUGGAAGAGCACUCGAAUGAUGGCCGGAGAUGCUCCCGAGCAAGGAUUUGGGUGGAUAGUCAUGGAGUACAUGGAGGGUGAGGUGUUGGAUAUGCUAUUCGGGGAUAUGAAGUGGGAUGAAAAGAAGAGGGUCAUUGGCGAGAUUGCGUGCAUUUUUGCGGCUUUCCAGAAGGCGAAAUUGCCCCAACGAGUCGAGCUCCAUGGAGGAAUGACAGUUCGGGAUGGAGAUAUUGUUUCGGGGCAGGCUACGAUGCACAAGGGCGAGCCGUCGGGAUACGUUGGCCUUUGGAAAGCCAGAAUCGACCAUGCGUUGGAGCAAGCUGACGAGAGCACGCUCAUCAACGGUUGGAAAGGAGGCGUCCGCGAAAGAAUUGAAAAGUUCAAAAAUGACAAGUUGGGAGUUCUUAUCCACAACGGAGAAGUCGAUUCGACCUUGCUUGGACUUGUCCACAACGAUUUCACCAUAAGCAAUAUGCUCUAUAACCCGUAUACGAAGCGCAUCACAGCGCUCCUAGACUUCGACUGGUCGUCCGUCACCCACCCCGCCCACGAAUUCUUCACGUCCUUUCAUGACGUACACGGCAGGGUCGAUGAAGCUUCCGAAAAGCUGCGCAAGGCCAUUUUUAGCGGCGACUUUGGUAACCACCCUGAUGAAGAUGAAGAUCAAGAAGCCUGGAAGUUGGCAAAGACGUGGGAUGAUGCCCUCAAGCAGCAUGGUGGAAUGAGACCUUGUGACUUCAAGGGAAUAGAGUUAUUGCAAGGGCUCUGGAACUUUGUUUACUCUAUCUGCCCGUUUGAGUUGGGCAGCAAGGUUAUGCUCUUUCGAAGAUCAAAGAAGGAGAGUGAGGCUGCAAAGGAGAGGGUUGAGGGACAGAUUAGCAAGAUGUUGAGCGGCUGGGGCGUCUGA